AUGAUUGACUACUCGGCAUGCUUGGGGACCAAUUGCGAGCUCAUCAAGCAUGCCUUUGGCACGGAAGCAGAUACGGAAGAGGCCCUGGAAUAUCGCCAUGUGCUGCUGACGGACGAGGACGACGGGCCGCCGAGCGAGAUGCUGCGCACGAUCCGAUCGGGUAGUGUCCCGUUCAUCUCGACGAUAUUCCGGACGUGGUACACGGAGAGGCUCGUUCCUUGGCUUCAUUUCGUGCCCGUCGAUCUGAAUGGCAGGGAUACGGCACUGCGGGGCCGUCCAAAAGACGCCACGUGGAUCAGCCGCCGAGGGCAGAAGUGGGCAAAGCAGGUUCUUAGGAAGAAGGACAUGGAGAUUUAUCUCUUCCGACUGCUACUAGAGUGGGGGAGGCUAAUUGACGACCGGAGAGACGAGAUUGGAUAUCGUCGGAGCCAGGACGGAGGGUUUCAAAACGACGAAUGGACUCGCCGACAAUAG